AUGAAGAAAAUGGGUGUUGAUGAUUACAAAUGGCAUUGUGAUUUCAUUCAAUUAGCUUGGGAUAGUGGUUUCUCUUUUGGGAAAUAUCAGUAUCCUAAUAUUGACAAGUAUAAAAUCUGUCUAGUGGAUAUAGAAAGAAUUAUAAGAGAAAGAGAUGUGGCCUCUGUUGAAAACCAAAUACCAACAAUACUCCAGUUUACACUGGAUAAUGAUCAAGCAAAUGUUUUGGACCCAAAUUUUGUGAAAGUUUUUCGAAUAAGCCAAUUGUCUGUUGAAUAUUUGAUGUUUUGCAAGAAAUAUUUAGAUAACUUAGUUAUUUCUAUGAAAAAAGAAAUAAGUGAUCUGAAACAUGAGAAGAAAGAGUUGAAAUCAUAUGUUGAAGAACUAGAAACUCAUUUAUCAGCAACAACAAAUAAUCUGAUUUCUACUUUCAGAUGUGAGAAAUGUCCCAAAGUUUUUUCUUCUCAGAAUUAUUUAACUUCCCAUUUCAAGCGCAGGCAUGAUGAGGAGAAUAUAAAAGAGAAUUUAGAAACUGCAAAAUUAUACUCAGAACUAACAGAGCUCAGGGAGAAAGUGAAUCUUGCUGAAAAAACUAUAAAGGAAAAGGCAGAUGAGCCUGAAUCUGAAAAAUUGAGAAUGGAGGAAUCUUCUUCUAGCAAAUUUAUAGAUGAGAUUCAAAAGAAUUUUGUAACAUUUAGAGAACAAGUUGAACAUAAAAUUGAACACCUACAAUCAGAGAAGCAGUUUUUUAAUGAAAAGUAUGACAAAUUGUUUGAUGUCCUUUUGCAAUACAAGAACAAAGAAGUUGAACAGAAAGACAAGGAGAGGAUAGAGGAAAACAAAUAUAAAGAAGAAUCCUCUAAGAAUGAAGGAAUUGCAGAACAUGGUACUCAAACUGAAGACAUUAAUAAAUUUAGCAAUUUACAAAUACAAACAAUAGAUCAUGUAAAUACUAUUUCAAUUGAAGAAACAGUGACUGAAGAGAACAUUGCAACAAAUGAAGAACAUAAUACAAAUUACAUAGUGGAUCAAAAGAUUAAUGCUCUUGGAGAAGAUAUUGAAAAUAAAAUAUCAACUGGUUUGUUCAACAUACAAAAUCAAAUGAAAGCAUUUUGUGAAAAAUUAAUACAAUUUGAAACAAGGCAGAAUGAGUCUUUAAGACUUGAAGAACCAGCAAAAAGAAUUCAAACUUUAACAACUGAGAAAAUGGAAACAGAAGAGAAUAAGCCAAUGAUCAAGCCAAGAACAAAAUUUAGCAAACCCACAACAUUGGAUAGAACUGUUGUAAAUGAAAAUGAAGCAGAAAAACUCAAGUAUGAAUUGAAUAAAAUGUUGUCAAAACAUAGACAUAAACAAAAUUUGAAACCCAACUAUAAAUCAACAUCAGAAUCUGAAAGUGAAACAGAUUCAAUAAGUAUAGUUCUUAGAAAAGAACCUUCUAAGAUUCAAAAAGUUCAGCCUAAAAUAACAAAAGUUUCAUUGAAAAAGAGUAAAGGUCCUAUGGAGAAAAAUAAGGCACCUAGGAUGAAUAUGACAAUAGCUGAAGUAGAGAGGGAAAAAGAAUUUCUGAAAACUGAAAUAAAUGAUGGAUUGCAGAUGAGGUUGCAAGAAAUGGGCAUCUCUCCACAUUGGAAAGGCAUACCCAAAAAAACUUAUGAAAGGGCACUCCAUAUUGUCAGACAUCAGGCCAGUCAAAAUAAAAAGUAUUUUCCAGAUUAUGAUAAAUUGAAGAAAUCAAUUGAAAACUCCUUGAAGCAUGAAAGUGAAUUGAAAACUACUAAGGGCAAACUAAGUCAUGUGAAGCAAAAACAAAAUCACAAGGAGCCCAAUUUGAUAAAGAUUGGUUACAGGAAAAAAAAUACAGAAGUGUCCAAUAAAUCUGAGCCAUCUACAAGACCACUUGUCAUUAUCAAAAAUCGAUCUUUAUAUGAUACAGAUUCAGCAAUUGAAGAUGAGCUUGAAAACAAUAAACCUUUAAAGAGAAUUGAAAAUAUCCAGAAAGCAGUAAUUGAAGAGCUCAGAGUUGUGCAAUCUCAAACAGAGCAUGUGAAAUCAGGAGACACAGAUUCUGAUUUGAAAUCACUUUCACUGUCAGAUGAGGAAAAUAAAAUUGAAACAAAAAGUGCAAUGAAGAGUUAUCCUUCCGAUGGUAGUCUGGUCAAGAAGAAAGUAUUGUUUGAUAUGGAACAAUUUGAUACAAUUGAUGCUAGUCAAGUAAUUGACAAAGGAAAAACUGAAAAGAAUAUUGAAAGUAGUCUUUCAGAUUUUGAGAUAAGCUGA